CCUGCGUUAGCAGUGUAUAGACUGUUCACGAAGUAGUAUGUAAUUUUUUAAUUUUUUAUUCAAUAUCAAUAAUUUUUCAAUGCCCAUUAUUCAAUUUCCUAAUAAUUAAUUUGACAUUUUGAUCGAGCUCCUCUUCAACCUAUUUUCAAUCAAACAACUAUUACGAUACGACAAUGGUUUGAGAUCAACGAAUAUCAAGAAUCAAUUUUAAAGUUUAAAUGAAGUGAUUCUCGCACACAUUCAGUAACAAUGAAAAUCAACAUCAAAAUACUUAACGGACAGGAAAGUUCAUUCGAUGUUCCUAAUGAGAUGACAGUAGCAGAGCUAAAAAAUCAUGUAUUCGAAGCAUUUAAGGUUCCUGUUAAAGAUCAAAGGUUAUUACUUACCGGCCGUCCUUUAUGUGAUGAAAAAUCUUUAGUUGAUUACCCACAAAUAAAAGAUGGUACCAGAUUGAAUUUAGUUGUAAAACAACAGACAUUAAUUAAAACCGAUGAUUUAGAAGAAAUGAUCACUAAACAUGUACAAGAACACUAUAGUACCGAAGAUACAGUAAAGGUAUUGAAAGAAUUCAUGAAGGAGUUUGACCGUUCUCUUACACAGUUCAGUUUAGAUGACUAUGAACGUAUGGCAGAAUCAUUGUUAACCAAUGAUGAGCAACAAAAGAAUCAGUGAUAAAUUGUUAAAUUAUAUAUAAAAAAAAGAUAUGAGGAUAAUAAAUUAAGCAAUGCCUAUUUUUUAUUCAUAA